UCGCGUCGGGAUUCGCGGCUCCCAUUUCGAAAUGCCCUUUUCAUCGAUUGCCGGUAACAACAAAAUCUACCACACAUCACAAUUCACGGUUCCGAUUCCAAUCCAGGUCUUCACCUUCAAGGCUUGAUUUCCAUUGUUCUCUCUACGAUGGAGUCCGGGUCCAUAGACGAAAUUGGUGUUGAGUUAGGGCCUUCAUGCACGGAUGCUCUAGAGUCAGGCUCUUCAGGGGUUGAUGAUGUUGAUUCACGAUCUUCUUCUAAGAUGGAUGGUAGGUCAGGUUAUCCGUCAAAGAAUAAAAACAUUGGUGAGGGUUGGAUGCAUGGCAGGCUUUCCUCUUUGAACAAUAUUCCCUUGUUUUCCGAGUCUGUAGAGGAAAUGGGUGUUGAGUUAGGGCCUUCAUGCAUGGAUGUUCAAGAGUCAGGCUCUUCAGGGAUUGAUGAUGUUGAUUCACGGUCUUCUUCUGAGAUGAAUGGCAUGCCAGAGUAUCCGUCAAAGAAGCAAAAAAUUGGUGAGGAUUGUAUCGAUGCCAGGCUUUUCUCUUUGCACAAUGUACCCUUGUUUUUUGAGUCCAUGGAAGUUGAGUUGAGGUCUCAAUGCAUGGAUGUUCUAGAGUCAGGCUCUUCAGGGAUUGAUGAUGUGGAUUCAAGGUCUUCUUCUGAGAUGAAUGGUAGGUCAGGUUAUCCGUCAAAGAAUCAUAAUAUUGGUGAGGAUGGGAUGGAUGCCAGGCUUUUCUCUUUGCACAAUGUACCCUUGUUCGACAUUUGUGAGAUGAAAUGCAUUCGUCGAACAUUUGGAGAGCAAGUUCAUUUUGACCAGGAAACACUUUGUGGCAAAUACAUUCUGUUUUACCCUUUCGUCCCCUCACCUUUGGAUUAUCGCCUCAUACAAAAUUCACUCUACCCCAAUGAGCUCUUUGAUCUUUUUGCUGACUACGAGACGAUUUUGAGAUGGAUUUUGAAAAAACUAUGGCCUGUGAUUCCCCAAGAGCAGAAAAAUCCCUUCCCAUGUGAGGGAUGUUGUCCUAUAGCCAAGAAAUUGAAUGCUGUGAAACUUGAAUAUGGAAAUAAUAUCAAUGAGAUGGUUGCUGAUUCAAAGAAGUUAUUUCCCACCAGGAUUGGUCAAUCUUUUGAUGUUAUCUCUUUGUUGUCUGGUAAAGGGGAGAUGAAGAAGCACCUUGUUCACAAGGGUGGCGAUAGAGUUGAGGUUGAUAAGCAGACAUUUAGUGGAAAACACAUCAUGAUUUGUUGCUCUAAUGUGCCUGUCUUCCGCCAUGAGCAUACUGCACGUGAUGCCCAGGCUCUCGCAACUGCAUGCUCCAAGCUGUAUUGCUCGAGAAAUGACUUUGAGAUGGUAGUAGUUGCAAAGGUGAACCAAUUGGCCAAUUACGAGGAAGUUAGCGCAAAUGACCAUAUGUGGUUCCAUGAGGAGGCAAAUAUCUUGGAACUCAGCAGGAAGGUGGUUGGGGUGUACGUGUGCAGAGCUGAACAGAAAGAAUUCGAGAUAGUGCUGGGGUGCGUACCCUGGCGUGCUGACUGUCUUGACCCACAGGUUCACAUGGAGAAUAUUAGGGGUUUGUUGCAGGAGUGGGGGAUAUCGUGGUGGCAGUUUCCUUCCUUUGGGAAUCCAGACAAGCUCUCCAACAGCUCCGUAAGCUUUAGGAACUUUAGAGCAGGCUAUUUGGUCUUUAGACAGGGCGAAGAUGGCGGAAUAGGUGAUGAUAUGGUCAAUCUUGCUGAAAAUCUAGGAGUGUUCAAGGCAUAAAGAUACUGAAUCAAUUCAGGUUCAGGGA